UUGAAAUUUGUAGUUUAUUAUUGACCCAUUUAUUCUGUAGCUAUAACUGGAUAUAUAUUGUUCGUGUUCCAUCUUUUUGUAUUUUUCUUUUAUUUCAGUUGCCCUCUUUUUUUUCACGUAAAAAUUGAAUUUUUGCUGGAUUAGAAAUUGCUGCAUAGCUGGUAGGCCUAUCGAUCGUAACUUAAGUUUAAGUUGUAACGUGUAGGAACUGUUAUUGUUUGAAAUUCAGGCAAAAAAAGUUGAAUAAGUUUUGACGUUUUCAUGUUGCGAGAGAGAAUUUGCACUUGUUGAUUUCAGUAGGCUGAAACUAUGGUUACAGAGUAUGGAGUGAAUGAUUCUGUUAAGGUAAAUCUAAAGUCAUCUUUGUAAAGAUUUGAUUUCUGAAAAGUUCACCAGCUUUUAUAAUAUCACAGCAAAACAACUUGAAGAAGCUUGCCUUAUUUCAAGAACCACAAUGUUUAGUGUGGGUAAUGCUUUUCUGGGCUCUCAACUGCAGGCUUUCUUACCUAUAAGUCAUGUGGCUUCAUCCUUUACUGGUGUAGCUUCCAGAAAAAGGAGUGACAAGAAUAAACUGAGCAAUAAGGAAAAUGGUAUAUUAUGUGCAGAGAGCUUUGAAGAGGCACUUAAGAAUUUUACAGAAACUGAAGUUAAACAUUUGUGGACAAAAAAAGGAAUUCCUCUCUUUAAACAGUCUUUUGCAUCAAUAUUAUCUACUAGACAUUCACUUCCAUGGAAAGUAUCUUAUGUUUCAUCUUUCAGUUUUGAGGAAAAUAAAAAUGGGUUCUUAUCCUCUGAAGUAUGGAAACAAGACAUAAAUGUCAGUGUUAUGAAAGACUGGGCUCACUGGAAAAUGCCACUUAUUUCAGUUUCUUCUUGUGCUUCAUUAGGUGCUCAGCCUAGAAGAGGAUUUAAGACAAAAACACAAAGAACAGCAUCAGGUCUUGGAACAUCAGUAACAGAGGUGGAAGGCACAAGCAUGGGAGGCAGAAUUCUUGGUCUUCGUGGUCGGAAAGAGAGGGAAAAAGCAAAGAUGCAGACUGAAGCAGAACAAAGUGAUAAACUUAAAUCUCUUCUUGCUGAUGAAAAUCUGUCUCCUGAUGAGCAACAGAGACUCAGGGUAGCAUUUGCUGAAGGAUACCUAGCUGCAGACCCGAAAACAAGAACUGGUUCAAAAGUGCGUCUGUUCAACCUUUUCCGUGACCUUUUAGGAAUUGUAUUGAUACUAGCAAUUCUUUUUUCCUUCAUGGGUGAGCUAUCUGGAGGGCCCUUCAGACGAGUUCUGAUUGGUUCUGGAAAUGAAGUCCAUCCUGAAGAGAUUGAUGUAACUUUUGAUGAUGUAAAAGGGGUAGAUGAGGCUAAACAAGAACUACAAGAAAUAGUUGAGUUUCUGAAAAACCCUGAAAAGUUUUCUGUUCUUGGAGGAAAACUUCCAAAAGGUGUGUUGCUGGUUGGUCCACCUGGUACUGGGAAAACACUACUAGCACGGGCUGUUGCUGGAGAAGCCAAUGUUCCAUUUUUCCAUGCUGCAGGUCCAGAAUUUGAUGAGAUAUUAGUUGGGCAAGGGGCUAGAAGAGUGCGAGAUCUCUUCAAUGUUGCCAAAAUGAGAGCACCAUGUGUUAUAUUCAUUGAUGAAAUUGAUUCCGUGGGGGCAAAAAGAACAAAUUCUGUACUUCAUCCAUAUGCAAAUCAGACUAUUAACCAGCUGCUAUCUGAGAUGGAUGGGUUUCGACAGAAUGAAGGUGUUAUUGUUUUAGGAGCUACAAACAGAAGGGAUGACUUAGAUAGAGCACUUUUAAGACCUGGUAGAUUUGAUGUUGAAAUACAAGUACCUAUUCCUGACUUAAAAGGAAGAAAAGAAAUUUCUAAGUUAUAUCUUGACAAAAUAGUAAAAGCUCAUGAUGUAGAUCUUGACGUCUUGGCAAGAGGUAGUACAGGAUUUACUGGGGCAGACAUAGAAAAUAUGAUCAACCAGGCAGCUCUCCGGGCAGCGAUUGAUGGUGCAGAGGCUGUGACCAUGAGCUAUAUUGAAAAUGCUCGAGACAAAGUCCUUAUGGGCCCAGAAAGAAAAUCUCGUAUUCCAGAUGAAGAAGCUAAUGUUAUUACAGCCUACCAUGAAGGAGGUCAUGCUUUGGUUGCUUACUACACCAAGCACUCUCAUCCACUACACAAGGUGACAAUCAUCCCCCGUGGACCUUCACUUGGACAUACAGCUUAUAUACCAGAGAAAGAGCAUUACCAUGUCACAAAGGCACAGAUGUUAGCUACAAUGGAUACUUUAAUGGGAGGUAGGGCAGCAGAAGAACUGAUAUUUGGUCCAGAGAAGAUAACUUCAGGAGCUUCAAGUGACUUGAAACAAGCUACUGCUUUAGCUACACAGAUGGUAAAGGAAUGGGGUAUGUCUGAUAAGCUUGGUGUACGCACCUUUGAUGAAGAACGUAACUCCUUAGUUGUUAUCAGUGAAUUGGCACCUUCAACAUCAGAAGCUAUUGAUGCAGAAAUAAAAAGACUCUUAACGGAGUCAUUUGAACGAGCCAAAAAUAUCCUUCGAAAUCAUAGUCGAGAGCAUCGAGUGAUAGCUGAAGCCUUACUCAAGUAUGAGACCUUAGAUGCAGAAGACCUUAAAACUUUGCUCAGUGGUAAAGAAAAGAUUGUAAAAAGAAAACCUUGAUGUACUGAAAAGCUUAGAAGACUAGUAUUUCAGCAUUUUGAACUUGACUUUUUACUGUCUUAUAUAAACUGUCAGUGAUGAAAAGCUGAUAUUUUCCCAGUUUAUAGACUUGUCAUUUACUGGCUAUUGGCAGUGUAGAUUUGGUGUAUCCAGAAAAACAAUAUAUGGAAAAUUUCAGUGAUUCAAUGAUUUUUAUCUUUGUGAUGUACAGAACAUACAAUAAUUUGGAUAUGUUAAGCAAGCCUGCUGAUGCAUAAUGGUGUUGUAAGAAAUUUCAUUUUGCAUAUUGUUUGAAUUGUCCAUGAAAGUACUUAAGAGAUUAUACUGGUCAUAUUGUAGCCUAUCCAUUAGAUAUUUCUUUUAGAAAUUCAGUUGGCUUAUUCUAUAAAACUUGCUUUGUAAUAUGAUUAAAAUUUCAAAAAAUAACUGCUAGGUUAUUAUAUUUUCAUUGGGACAAAUAAUUGAAGUUUCAAAAUAUGAAUUUCUAUAAUACAAAAAAUAAUUCAAGUUUAAAAAAUGUUUGAGGGAAGCCCAUUAUUCUAUUUCAAAAUUGAGGUUACUUAUGUACAAACCAUUCAGAAAGUUAAAAGGUUAUUCUGCUUU